AUGUACUCAUCGUCGAAUACCUUCCUCGGCGGUGGUGCCAGUGGCCGCCCAGGCCAGGCACCAUUCAUGCAACAACAGCAACAGCCUCCAUACUCGCAAUUCCCUCAGGGUCAACAGCAGCCACCGAUGCAGCAACCCCAGCCAACAGGGUACGUUGUUCCGCAGCCGACCGGUUUUGCUGGUCAGCCAUCGCCAUUCGGUAGCUCGCACCUCCAACCUCAGGCCACCGGAUUCCCCGCGGGACAGCAGCUUCAGCCUCAGUUCACGGGGUUCCCUGGGCAGCAACCACAGCAACAGCAACAGCAUCUGCAGCCUCAGCCGACUCAGCAACAAAGCCUACAGCCUCAAUAUACCGCAUUCCCAGUCCAGAAUCAGCAGCAGCCCCAGGCCCAACCGCAACCGCCGCAAUUGCAGGUCUCUCAGGCAACAGGUCUCCCUGCGCGAUACAAGACCUCGAGCGAGAUGGCGAACUCCUUCCAAGAUGUUGGUGUCGCUAGCCAGCCUCCACAAGUUCCACCCAAGAACGGAUCGAAAAUUCCGAGUAUCCGGCUUUCUUUCAUCACUGUUCAGGACCAAGCCAAGUUCGAGCAGCUGUUUAAGUCAGCCGUCGGCGAUAGCAAGACAAUGGAGGGUGAGAAAGUGAGGGAUCUUUUGCUGCGAUCCAAGCUCUCAGGCAAUGAUCUGUCGAAGAUCUGGAUCCUUUGUGAUUCUACCAAGUCAGGCCAGCUGUUCUUCCCGGAAUUCGCAUUGGCUAUGUACCUGUGUAAUCUGCGAUUGACUGGUCGAGAGGUCCCAUCUGCGCUUCCCGAAACAGUGAAGAAUGAGGUUUCUAGCAUGGUUGAUAUCAUCUCGUUUGGUGUCCCUGACGCUCAGCCGGCACCGGCCCCACGGACCAACGCCCCUAAUUUCGAUGCUCCUCUCAUGGAAAACACCGCUACACCACCGAUCAUGCAGCAACCCCAGCCCCAGCAGCCCAGCAAUGCUGCUCUUCUUACACAACUGACUGCGCAACCCACCGGAUUCUUCCCUCAGCAGACUGGCAUGCAACAGCCCCAGCAGACAGGCUUCCAGAACCAAUCGCAGUUCCUUCAGCCGCAACAGACUGGUUUCCUGACUAACCCUCAGGCCACUGGAUACUCUGGCCCUCGGCCUCCGAUGCCACCCAUGCCCACCGGUUAUGGAUCGAACUUGAGCCCUGCACAGACUGGUGGUUUGACCGCUCAGCCUACUGGUAUUCCCGGACAGUGGGGCUUCAUCAACACCCCGGCGCAAGGUUUGCCCAAUAUUGAGGCUAUGAAGCAGCAGCUUAUGCCUCAACCAGGGCGUGAGGGUGGCUUUAACAUGUCUAACCUUUCUGGUAAUGCUACCGUGGCCUGGGCCAUCACCAAGGAAGAAAAGAAGAUUUACGACGACCUCUUCCGUGCGUGGGAUGGAAUGCACAAGGGCUUCAUUGGUGGCGAGACAGCCAUUGAGAUCAUGGGUCAAAGUGGAUUGAAUCGCAAGGAUUUGGAGCGUAUUUGGACGCUGGCAGACCCUCAUAACCGUGGCCGUCUGAAUAUGGAUGAGUUUGCGGUCGGAAUGCAUUUGAUUUACCGUGCUUUGAAUGGUUAUCCUGUCCCUAGCCGUCUCCCACCAGAGCUUGUCCCUCCUUCUACAAGACACUUGAAUGAUUCCAUUGGUACCAUGAAAUCACUCUUAUCCCAAGAUGCGGAGACUCGAAAGACCACUGGCGCCUUUUUGCAGCCGCAGAAGACCGGUGUUAGCUACUUGAAGGACCACUCUUUCCGUGGCGGUGGUGGAGGACAAUCUGGUGGUAACCGCAAAGAUGCUACCAUGUUCAAGAACAACGACUCAGCGGCCGGAUACCGUUCGAGCGCACGCCGUCGUGUCGGUAACGAGGCUCGUACCCCUUCGCCUGCUGCCUCUUCCCACACCUCUGAAGGAGAUGAGCUUUCCGUAGAGCAGUUGCGAAAGAAGAUUCGCGAGACCAAUGUGAUGCUCGAAGCUGUGGAUUUCCAGGAUGAGAACAAGGCCGAGGAUGACGAAGCCCUUGACCGUCGGGAUCGUCGUGAGGCAGAAUCUCUGAUGGAUCGUAUUCGACGCGUGCAGGACGACAUUGACACUCACCCUAACGCCUCGUUCCGCAACUUGGACAGCGGAGCGGAGCGCCGAGCCCUCCGUCGCCAAUUGCAAUCAUCUGAGGAUCAGGUCCCACAGGCUGCCUCCGAAGUGCGCCGUGUUGAGCGCGAAAUUGCCGAUGCUAAAUUGGAGCUCUUCCGUCUCAAAGAAGCCAAGGCUAACCCCAACGGUGCUUCCAACAUUGUGGGCACUGGUCCCGGUGGUGCCGUGACUGAGGCAGAUCGCAUCAAGGCACGUGCACGUGCGCGUAUGCAAGCUCGUGCUGCAGAAUUGGCGGGACGCCCUGUUCCCACGACAGAAGAAGACAAUGGCGAAUCUGCUCGCCGGAUGGAGUCCGAGAGGGCCAACGCAAAUGCCGAGAAAGAGCGCAACGACACCAUGACACGUGAUGUUGAAGAAAGUGUUCGCGAUUUCGCUCGGAGCCUGGAAGACAGUCUCCGUGAUGAAGGUGAUAACUCUACACGCUCGCACGAGAAACGUCGCUGGGAGGAUGCCCUGGGCGUUGAGGAUAUCAUCCGCGACUUUAUCUAUGACCUUGGCCGCAACAGUCGCACUGCGCACAUUCGCAAGGAAGAUCGCGAGAGAACUUCACAGGAGGAGCGUUCUAAGUAUUCUUCGCCACCAGCUGAUUCGCCAGUAUCUCGUCCUUCGAUACCCGCCUCCACUGGCUCGUCAAGCUCACUCCCGGGAAAUACUCAUGAAGACCGCGUAGCUUCUGCCAGAGAACGUGCCCAGAAGCGCAUUGCUGAACGUAUGGCUGCUGCUGGUCUUAAGCCAGCUGAUGCUUCCGAAACACUCCAACAACGUCAGGCUAGAGAGAAGAAGGAGCGUGAGGAGCGUGUCAAGCGCGCUGAAGAGGAAGAUGCUCAGCGAGAGCAAGAGAGACAACGCCGCCUGGCCGAGGAACGUGGUGGCCCGGCCCCAAGCAGUGCUGCUGCCCCGAAGGCUGCUGGCAAGAAGCCUCCACCUGCACCUCCCACCCGCAGAGCCCGAACUGACAGUGCUGGUCAGGCCGAUGCCAAGAAAGCCGAGGAGGCUGGCAAGGCCGAGCACGCUGCCCGUGAUCAAGCGAUUAAAGAGGAGCAAGAAGCUCAGGAGAUUGAAACCCAACGCCUUGAAGAUGAGUCGAGGCAGCGUGAAUUGGAAUUCGAGAAAGAGAAAGAGGCAUCAGCGGCUCGACUGCGUGCCCUUGAGGAACAAGUUCGACAGGGCAAGGUCAAGAAGCAGGAGGAGAAACGCCGCAAGGAAGAGGCCGCUCGCCAGGCCAAAGACCAAGAGGCCAGACUUGCAGCCCAGCGUGCUGAGCUUGAGAUGGCUAGAGAGCGUGAACGUGAGUUGCAACGUCAACUUGAGGAAAAUGAUGACAGCUCCUCGGAUGAUGAGGGUCCCGAGAGUGUUACCCCCCAGUUUAGCACCCCGCCGCCUAUUCCGACUGUUUCUGUUCCUGAGCCCGAGCCUCUCUCUCUAGCAGAGCCAGAGAAGGUCCCUAGCCCCGUGGCCAGUUCACCCGAAGCUGCUUUCUCAGCCGCUUCGCCCGAUGCCGAGUCCAAGAACCCCUACUUCAGGUCCCUCAGCCAGACUGCCGAAACCGAAGCAACACAGGCCACUUCACCCGCUGCCCAGUCGACUAAUCCCUUCCACCGGUUCACGCAGCAACAGCAACAGCAGCAGCAAGAGAACACAAAGCCCACCUUCACAGGUGCCGCCCCUCUGGAACGCAAGAGCCGUGCCCGCCCCGAAGAGGAUGACGACUGGUCUAAUGCUGGCUCUGAUGCUGAAUCUUCUGAUGAUGAAGAUGAUCGACCCACUGGUGGCAGUGCCAAGCAGCUUGCUAGCAUCUUGUUCGGUACCAUGGCUCCCCCUCGUCCUCUGAGUGCCAUGGAUGAAGAGAAGCCUGCUACUCCUGCUCAGGACAGUCCCGCUGCUCCUCCUCCCCCUCCUCCCCCUGCAGCAUUUGCUCCUGUGGCAUCUCCUGAUUCACCCGGCCCGCCGACUGGUGCGCCUCCACCGCCACCGCCACCACCCCCUCCUCCUCCUGGUGCCCCUAUGGCUGCCCCUCCUCCCCCACCACCCCCUGCAGGAGCUCCCGGGGUCCCGCCUCCACCUCCCCCUGCAGGUAUUCCCCCGCCCCCUGCUCCUCCCGCUGCUGGUGGUGACAGCCGCUCUGCUCUCCUUGCAUCUAUCCAAGCUGGUGCAGGUUUGCGCAAGACGAAAACCAACGACCGUAGCACGAGCUCUUCAGCUGGGCGUGUGCUUUAA